GUUACGGUAGCCUCAUAGUCAGACAAUUACAUCGAAUUACACAGAGUUGCCCGGGGCUCUUAGUGAUAUUAGUGAAAGUGUUCUGUGGCUGUAAUGUAAGCCGAAGACAGAGUUUCAGGACGUGUGAGAGAGCUUUAGAAGUUACACUUGUAAGGACACCGUAUACAAAGUACCUGUGGAGAAUGGCAUCAUCGGAAACAGCUCAAGUCAGCUCAUUACCUCUGCCUCCCGUACAAUAUAUUAAUCAUUAUACAGAUGAGAAUAUUAGGAGGGGUAGGGCACCAAGACCCCCACCAGUAAUUCAUGAUACAUAUUCAAUGUUCGGAAAUACGUUUAAUGCUGAUGACACAAUAAUAAGGCCACUUGAAAGCCAGGGCAUCAAACGAUUGUAUCCCCAGCAUUUUGAUCGUCGACGUGAGCUCCGAAAGUUGAAUCAUUCCUUGCUUGUCAAUUUUCUUGAUUUGCUGGACUUACUUGUUCAGUGUCCAGACUCUCCUCGUCGAGCUGAGAAAGUCGAGGACCUUAGUCUUUUGUUCAUUCAUAUCCAUCACCUACUCAAUGAAUUUCGUCCACAUCAAGCCAGAGAAACUCUGAGAGUAAUGAUGGAACUUCAGCGUAGACAAAGGAUAGAGACAGCUCAACGUUUCCAAAAACAUUUAGACAAGGUAAUGGAAAUCUUACAGCAAGCUUUGCAAAUGUUGCCAGAUCCUUCUGAAACUGAUUCUAAACUCCUAAUUCCAACAGAGUUAUUUGACUGCAUGGACACUGCUAAUCAGGAUGAAUCGGCUAGUGAAUCCUGUAAUGCUCUGGAUCGGCUAAUGUGUGAAAUUGUAGAUGCAUUGUAAUAUCAUCUUAUAAAUAAAAUGUAAUAAAAUACUGUUUGCAUUUGGCAGCA